AUGGUUCGACUGUGGUCGUUGCGAAAGGAUGAGAGUGGACGUUCUGUUCUGUUGUACAGAGUGUGCAGGGAAGUUUCCGCGACGUCCUUCUCAUCUCAGUCAGGCAUUAGGAGAGUCCCAACUUGGGGUUGGAACUUCCUGGUCUGGAAAGUUCUGAAUGUGGGACUGAAGAUAUACCGUGUCACUAGGCAGACUUUACAGGAACUUCUCUAUUUCCACAAAGAUUUGAAUAUCAUUCAUGACAAUCUCAAGUGCUCUGAAGUGAUCAUCACACUUGACGGUGAUGUGAAAAUUGGUAACAGUCCUUCCGAUGUUCAGAACGUUUGCGAGAUCGCGCGACUACUUCGUGAACGAGACGACAGCGUCUGUGGCCCAGUCCGAUUACUUGCGCAGGGGCUUAUUGGCGUUCUCCUCACUACAGCAGCUGAAACCCAUCUUGAUGUAUGGCCUGUUCCGACUUCCCACUCAAUUGCGCAGCAGAAAAAGGCUCAAUGA